AUGGAAUAUUUACGUUUGCUUGACAUCGAUCCUACUGGUUCACUUCUUCGAUUAAUCAAUGUUUCUCAUCAAAAAUCUCUUGAUCUCAAGAAUAUAUCCAUUCGGCAAGUCAAUACCGAUGGUAAAGUGGCGAAUUCAUACACAUUUCAUCCUCGAGUUCGUUCUUUACUACGCCAUAAUGAAGUCGUCACCAUUUAUAAGAAAAAUUACCGGCACAUGAAAUUUGAUAAUGAACCUUAUAUGUUUAUCGCGAAUGAUAUCGCACGAUGGUUGAUCGAUGAUCAUAUUCGAACCGAACUUUCGUUUAAUGACGUUAUCUUUCAUUCACAAGAACGGUGUGUAUCAAUAAUAAAUGACAUUCCAUUGUUUUUCACCCAAUAUUCAUUCGAUUCACAAUCAGAUAAAACGAAAACAAACACACCCUCAGUUCAUUACGGUGACUUUCAUUUUCCCUACUGUUUAUCUACUGAUAAUUCAGUCAAUCCACAUACUCAUGGUGUUGAACGUCAAGUUCAACAUACUGGGAAUUUUAACGAUUAUCAUCGACGAUUGACGACUUCGCCAAAGAAAAUCCAAAUAAAUACAAAUCCGAUAGGUUUAGGUAUGGACCAUCCAAUUUUUCAAAAUGAAGACCGUUUAACAAGACUCCGAGCGCUUGAAGGUUUCGAAAUCGUCAUGAUACUUGACGAUAGUUCAUCGAUGCGUACACCUAUUAUCGAUCGAGAUCAAGAAGAUGUUUCACCGUUUAGUCAACUACCUACACGCUGGGAUGAGCUCAAACAUGUCACAUCUAUUGUUGUUGAUCUUGCUGCAACGCUAGACCCCGAUGGAAUCGAUAUUUUCUUCUUAAAUCGUCCUCCCUUAUUACACGUUAAUCAUUCAAGUGCGUUGAAUGAAACGUUCUCGAAACCACCCAACGGUCCCACGCCAUUAACACAAGUGCUACGGGAUGUUCUCACACUAAAACGUGCACAUAUUCUUGACCGAAAGUUAUUACUGUUAAUUGCAACCGAUGGUUUACCAACAAAUGAUCGAGGACAAAGCGAUUUGAUGGCCUUAGAAAAGCUCCUACGUCAUGAACGAGAUCCAUUUGUGGAUAGAAUCUACAUUGCAUUUAUUGCUUGUACAAACGAUCUUCAAUCAGUCGGUUAUUUAAACCGUUUCGACAAGACUAUUCCUAACAUUGAUGUUCUCGAUGACUAUCAUAGUGAACGUGCAGAAAUUCUGGCUGUACAAGGCAAAACGUUUCCUUUUUCCUAUGGAGAUUAUGUUGUAAAGAUUUUAAUGGGCUCGAUAGAUCCAUGGUUUGAUCAAUUGGACGAAAAAAAAGUCAAACUCAACCGGUCGUCACAACACGGACGAUUGCCAAGACAGAAUGCAACAGAGCGCAAAAAAAGUUGUAUAGUCUCGUGA